AAGAAAUUCUCCUGUGAAUUUUUGGGGAAUGGGUUUUGAAUUGAACUUAGGGAUUUAUGAGGGUUCUGGAUUUGAAUAUGGAAAAAUAAAUGGGUUGUUGAAUCUAGUGUAGGAUCGAAAGGAUUGUAAGGGGCUUUCAGUUCUAGCAUUAUGGAGGAAUUGGUAGAUCUCUCUGUAACGCCGAAAACUCUUCAUUGAGCGUAGGACUCCAGGAGCAAUGGCGACUCCAAUGGACACAGAAAUGCCAAGGCCAGAUGGUCGAUCACCCAACGAGCUGAGAACCCUUGUUUCUUCCAGAGCUCUGCUUCACAGAGCCCACGGCUCCGCCCGCUGGUCUCAAGAUAACACAAUCGUGCUGGCUGCCGUCUAUGGUCCCAAAGGAGGAGCCGCUGGAAAAAUGGAGAACCCAGAGAAAGCCACGCUUGAAGUUAUUUGGAAGCCCAAGACCGGACAAGCAGGUAAGGCAGAAAAAGAAUGUGAGAUGAUUGUGAAGAAAACUUUGGAGUACAUUUUCCUCUCUACGAUGCAUCCAAACACUAUUACGUCUGUCAUACUUCAGGUUGUCAAUGAUGAUGGAGCUCUACUUGCAUGUGCUGUCAAUGCUGCAUGUGUUGCUCUUAUGGAUGCUGGGAUUGCUUCAAGGAAUGUUAUUGCUGCGGUUUGCUGUGGUGUGAGAGACAAUGGAGAAGUUAUUCUUGAUCCUACAAAGUUAGAGGAGCAGAAAGUUCAGGCGCAUGUUUGUCUUAUUUUUCCCUGCCGUCCCUUAACUGUUUUGUCUGAAGGGCUUCCCACUGUUGACAGUGAGCCUCUGGAACAUGGAAUCAUCUCAUCUGUUACACGUGGAGCAAUGAUGGUUGAUAAUUAUCUUGAUUGUUUGGAACGGAGCCGUGCUGCCAGCAUAAAAAUUUCUGAUUUUAUAAGAUCAAGCAUUGAAAAGGGCCAGCGAGCUAAUGAUUUGGCAACUUCAUCAUAGUGCUAUCACUAUCAGCAUAAGCGAAUGAUGGUGUUGUUUCCAGCAACAUCUUAUUAUUAUAUGGUGGAUGGAAAUGAGAACCGACAUAGGAUUUAAAUUGUAUCCCGAGGCAUACUGCUGGAUGAGGACUUAGCACCGUGUGUAUGUGGAUAUUUUUGAAGGUUUUGUAUAAUUCAUAUAACUGGAAUAUGAGCAUUGCAUUCCAAUGUGAGUUUUUAAACGACAAAAUCCAGUUAGCAAAUGUGUGCCUUAGUGUGCUAUUUUCUAGAUUCAGAGAGCUAGGGCAAGGCAAAAGAAAGACAAAGAAUAGGUAUCGACUUCAACAAAAACUUGUAUCCGAGCCACUGGAAUCUGCAUCUCUUCAAUUUUAGAGUUGUGGAUUAAAUUUAAAUAGAAUUUGUUUUUUGGGAGA